UAUAAACCAAACUGGCAUCUGGCAACACUGUUUUCCCUUGUACCGGCAUGCAAAACAAAUUUAGCGAAAAAGAAUAAUAAUAAUCUCAUUGUUGGGCCCAACUAGUAUGUCAACGAGUGCACCCAACAUGCCGACUACGCCGGGUGCCCAAGGAUCAGGAAACCAAAAUCCCACAACCACCAGUACCGCCAUAGUGAACACAUUCCGGGAGCUUAUCAAGGAGCCAAAGAACCUGGACGAAGCGGUCAAUUAUUUAUAUCAAACCCUUCUCGACGACGCCGUGGCCGGGAUCUUUAUUGAGACACAUCAUCUGCGUAAAACCGGGAAUCUGGCGGCCCUGGACGGAGUGCCGGAGGACUCUACGUACCGCAUCUGCGAGAUGCCCAAUCUGGACAUAUUUGGCAUUUCAACUGCCAAGAAACCGAUGGACUGCACCUGUCCCAACUGUGAUCGUCCGGUGGCCGCCGCCCGCUUCGCUCCGCAUCUCGAAAAGUGCAUGGGCAUGGGCCGCAUUUCAUCUCGUAUUGCUUCCCGUCGCCUGGCCACCAAGGAGGGUGCCACCCACCUGCACGCCGCGGGCAAUGCUGGUGGGACCGACGACGAGGACGAUGUGGACUGGUCGUCGGACAAACGCAAAAAGAAGUCCACGCAAAACUCUAGGAACAAUGGCUCCAAAAAGAACAAUGGCAAAACCUUCUAGUUAGUACUUAUGCAUUUUAUAAGGAUUAAACUCCGAAUGGGUGGAUCUGCCAUGAACUAAGACUUUAAUAAAAUCAAUAUAACAUUUAAAAAUUGAAAUUAAAAACGUUCUUAUAACGAAACGAGGCUUGGGUCUGUAGUGAACUCAGUGUAUUUAUUUAUUAAUCAUGAAUUGAAAUCAUUAAUUUAACAGUUGUCAAGUUUGUAAACACGAAUAUAAUCAACUAUUAGUGGAGUUUUCUCUGUGUCCUUAUAUUUCUCAAUAAAAUUAUUUUCUGA